UUAAACUAACUAUAUUUGUUGCAUUCUUCAUAAUUUUACUCACGACACUUCUCGCCUUUUUUUUUUUACUCUUUCUGAUUACCGUACAACUCUACUAGUGGGCAGUAUCUUAACGGUUAGCCUAGUACGUAUGGGCGUGUCCCAGCUGAGAAGAGUGUGCGUGUGUGUGUCCGGUGUGUAGUAAGGCGAAGUCUGACACCGCUGUAUAAGCGACUACAGCAGAAAUGACCAAAAACGCCCCGUCACAUUUCGAGGACAUCAGAUAACAAAGCAGCGAAGUCGACUAGAUAAACAACAAAACUGCUACGUCGUAUUAGUGUUUGAUGAUGUCGGUGGGGAAAACGGGCCAGUUGUAGCCACAGGGUCUCGUGUCUGUGUGUGAAACCUGAAUGUAUCUGCGUCAGCGACCGCUAUGCGUUUUAACGAGAAGGAGCUGGUCUCUCUGAGCCGCCAGCCUUCGGAGAUGGCAGCUGAAGUGGGGAUGCGAGGUCCCAAAAAAGGAGACGUUGUCAAAAGACGACUGGUGAAACUCGUUGUUAACUUCCUCUUUUACUUCCGGACUGAUGAAGAGGAGCCGGUUGGAGCUUUGCUGUUGGAGCAGUGUCGGGUUGAGAAGGAGGACAGUCAGACCUUCUCUAUAGUAUUUCUAGAUGAAGCAGAGCGGAAGUAUCUGUUUGAAUGUGACACUGAAGAGCAGUGUGGGAAAUGGAUAGACGCUAUAAUUAAAGCUAGUUAUGAGUUUAUGAGGCGGAACCUUAUAUUCUAUCGAACUGAAAUCCACAGGCUCACUGGGAAGGACCCAUUGGAGCAAUAUGGUAUAUCUGAUGAAACUCGGUUCCAGAUCAGCAAUGGUCUGCAGCUUAUGCCUAGAGAUACCUCCUCCCUGUAGACCCGCAGACUGUUCAAAUCAUUUUCAAUUUAGUUCAUUGCCAUUCCAAAGUUCACUUUAUAUUGGUUUGAAAAUCACAGCAAUAUUGCCUACACUCCAACUUGUUACAUGUACACUGCUCUGCAUUAUUUGGUGUUGGUUCGACUUCAUACACAUGUCAUAGUAAGGUUUGUCUCAGUUAUGCAAAGUUAAAGUAUUUCGUCUGUGUUAUUGUCAGUCAUUACAGGCAAUGUAGGUCUUUGGAAAACGCAGUACUGUUUAAUUGUUGGUUUAGGGGAUUUAAAUGCCAUUUACUGUCUAAUUUUAAGUUGAUCAGAUGUAUGUGUAUGUGCUUUCCACUGGAUAUGCUGUACAUGCAGAGAAUGUGAUUUUGAGAAGCUGGUCUGUUAGUCCUGAAACAGAAGGGUGUGGAAUACAAUCUGCAAGCAUAAAUGUGUUUAAUAAGAGUGAGUCCAGAAAAAUCAUCAUUCAUUGGUGUAAUCCAACUAAUCUUUAGAACUUUAAAAAAUGUAUAGCACUUUGGAAAAUUUCCCAUCAAUGUCCUGCUUUAUUUAGAAAACCUCUGUAUAAUUGUCCUGAUUUUAAAUGCAUAAGUCCUUUGAUCUACUGAGCUGAGCUACAUGUUUUGCUUAAUUUUGUGAGAAAGAUGGUUUUAACUAUCAGUGUAUGUUUUCACCACACAGCCCGGUUAGGCACCUUAGUUAAAAAGAAAAAAAAACAAACAAUCUUUUUGCACAUAUAACUGGAUGUCGAGGAUUUAUUUUCUUUAGAAUUCUUUACUUGAAGCUAUUCUAGCUUUUUGUCACUGUGAAUCAGAUUAUUUUCAGCAAGCUGUUGAACCUGUCGGGAAACUACACUUUUGACUUGAUUCUUUAAAUAUCACACCAACACACCGACAUUUGCUAAGUUUCAACAAAUCAUAAGAAAUUUUGCUCUCAGCCAUAUUUCCCUAUAAGGGCUUUGCUGUAUCUUACAAAUUGGAAAUGUGGAACAUAUGUCUUUGAAUGUGUCUUCAUUUGAAAGUUUUUGCACAUGCAAUGUAUUUAGUCUGUUUUAGUUAGCAGAAUUGUUUCACUGGCAUCUCCUUUUUUUAUACUAAUAAAGCAUUUAAAAGAUA